AAAUCCCACAGCCAGGCUCGCCCACACUCUCUCUCCAGUCCUCCUCUUCCUCUCUCUUCCUCCUCCUCAAAACUCUCUCUCCCUGACCUGAAAAUUCUCCACAUACUCUGGUGCUAAGUGGUGGCGGCAUCUCGCUUAGGCGAGAUCCCCCUCCUCCCCCGGUUUCCACCCCUCUGCUCUGCUCCACCCGAGUCGACUCCUUCCCUUGCAAUCCGCUGCUGGUCAGCUCACAGCAGCAGAGGAGGAGGAGGAGGAGUCCAUUGGAGGAGCUCAGCUAGGCUCCACGCUGGGCUCGAUCGGCACCGGCUGCUGCGAGAUUCCGCGAGCGCGCGAUGUACCGGGUGAAAAGCGAGGGCGAGGGCGACUGCGAGAUGAUGCUGCAGGACCAGAUGGACUCGCCGGUGGCCGACGACGUGAGCAGCGGAGGCGGGUCGCCUCAUCCUCACAGGGGCGCCGGGCCGCCCCUGAAGAAAGGGCCAUGGACGUCCGCGGAGGACGCCAUCCUGGUGGACUACGUCAAGAAGCACGGCGAAGGGAACUGGAACGCGGUGCAGAAGAACACCGGGCUGUUCCGCUGCGGCAAGAGCUGCCGCCUCCGCUGGGCGAACCACCUCAGGCCCAACCUCAAGAAGGGGGCCUUCACCCCGGAGGAGGAGCGCCUCAUCAUCCAGCUCCACGCCAAGAUGGGGAACAAGUGGGCAAGGAUGGCUGCUCAUUUGCCAGGGCGUACUGACAAUGAAAUUAAAAAUUACUGGAACACUCGAAUAAAGAGAUGUCAACGAGCUAGCCUUCCUAUCUAUCCUGCAAGUGUAUGCAAUCAAUCUUCAAAUGAAGAUCAGCAAGUGUCUGGUGAUUAUAAUGGUGGCGAGAACAUAUCCAAUGAUCUUCUAUCCGGGAACAGCCUUUAUCUACCAGAUUUUACCAGUGACAAUUUCAUUGCUAAUCCAGAGGCUUUAUCAUAUGCACCACAGCUGUCAGCUGUUUCAAUAAGCAAUUUACUCGGCCAAAGCUUUGCAUCAAAAAACUGUAGCUUCAUGGAUCAGGUAGACCAAGCAGGGAUGCUGAAACAAUCUAGCUGUGUGCUUCCUGCAUUGAGCGAUGCCAUUGACGGUGUGCUUUCUUCAGUUGAUCAAUUUUCAAAUGACUCUGAGAAGCUCAAGCAAGCUUUAGGUUUUGAUUAUCUUAAUGAAGCCAAUGCUAGCAGCAAGAGUAUUGCACCUUUCGGGGUUGCACUUACUGGCAGCCAUGCCUUUCUAAAUGGCAACUUCUCUGCUUCUAGGCCCACAAAUGGUCCUUUGAAGAUGGAGCUCCCUUCACUCCAAGAUACUGAAUCUGAUCCAAAUAGCUGGCUCAAGUAUACUGUGGCUCCUGCAAUGCAGCCUACUGAGUUAGUAGAUCCUUACCUGCAGUCUCCAUCAGCGACCCCUUCAGUGAAAUCUGAGUGUGCAUCGCCGAGGAACAGUGGUCUUUUGGAAGAGCUGCUUCAUGAAGCUCAGGCACUAAGAUCUGGGAAGAACCAACAACCAUCGGUCCGAAGUUCAAGUUCUUCUGCUGGCACACCUUGUGAGACUACUACGGUGGUUAGCCCAGAGUUUGAUAUGGGCCAGGAAUAUUGGGAAGAACAGCCUGGUUCUUUCCUCAGUGAAUAUGCUCAUUUUAGUGGAAAUUCUUUGACCGAAUCCACUCCUGUUAGUGCUGCGUCACCUGAUUUCUUUCAGUUCUCCAAAAUUUCUCCUGCACAAAGCCCUUCAAUGGGCUCUGGUGAGCAGGCGUUAGAGCCUAAACAUGAGUCAGCAGCUUCACCUCAUCCCGAAAACUUGAGGCCUGAUGCAUUAUUCUCUGGGAACACAGCUGAUCCAUCCAUUUUCAACAAUGCCAUAGCAAUGCUCAUGGGCAAUGGCAUUAAUGCUGAGUACAAACAUGUUCUUGGUGAUGGAGUUGUGCUCGAUUCUUCCUCGUGGAACAACAUGCCACAUGCUUUUCAAAUGACGGAAUUCAAAUGAGUUCCAUGUACUUCUUUGUGAUUCUGAAGGGCUUCUUGCUGCUUGUUUUGGGGUCAAUAUCAUGGAAGGCCUCAUUGAUUGUGAUGCUGCAUUCCUGACAGUGAUCCUUGAGGGCGUGCAGGUGCAGCGGCUACCAUGUUAUCUUCAUGUGAAUAGUCCUUUUGUCUAAUAAAGUGCAUGAAGAUAACCGGAUAAUAUUUUUUUUGCUUUGUAUUAGAGAACCGUUUUUGUCAUCCCUGUCAGGAUUAUGUUGGAAACGUGUCAUGAUUUUUGUUUGAACAAUUUAAUAUCGGUUAUUGAUAUUGUGCUGUGUGCUAUCCCCUGGUGCAUUUGCAUGUGGGUAGCAAUUUGUUUAAGUAUACACCGUCAUUGCUGCUGGCACAUCGUUUGUGCAAUAUUGAUGGUUUUUUAGAUGUC